UUUUUUUUAUUUUUUUUUCAAGUCGACGGAAUCAAAGCAGCAGCAACACAGACGGGGAUUGGAGUUCAGUCUGCGCGAGCGCUGCAUAACGGCUGCUUCAUCGAGACAAUCCUCGUCAACCGGCUUUAAAACAUCCUUCAGAACCCGACACCAUGGGCGUGGAAGGUUGCACGAAAUGCAUCAAAUACUUGCUCUUCUUCUUCAAUUUCUUCUUCUGGCUGGCUGGUUGUGUAAUCUUGGGGGUUUCACUCUGGCUUCGUCAUGACAAUAAAACAAGCAGUCUUCUGGAACUGAAGUAUGAGGGCGAAGAAGCACCCAGAACCUUCUACAUCAGUGUCUACAUCUUGAUUGCUGUCGGUGCUGUGAUGAUGUUUGUUGGAUUCCUCGGUUGCUAUGGAGCCAUACAGGAAUCCCAGUGUCUUCUCGGAACAUUCUUUGCCUGUCUGGUCCUUCUGUUUGCCUGUGAGGUGGCUGCUGGAAUCUGGGGAUUCAUGAACAAAGACAAGAUCUCCGAAGAGAUGAUCAAUUUCUAUGACUCUGUGCAUGACCAAAGCCUUUCAGCUACAACCAAAGAGCAAAGGCAGACUGCUCUUACUGUCUUGAAGGUCUUUCAUGAGACUCUUCACUGCUGUGGCAAAGGAUCCUUUUUAUCACUUGCUGAAAUGUGGUACAAAGACAGCUGUCCUACAGACAUGCUAAUUCCUCAAAGCUGUCACCCCAAGAUCAGAGACCUUUUCUCUAACAAGCUCUAUUUGAUUGGCUUUGCUGCCUUGGUUGUUGCUAUUAUCAUGAUCUUCGAGAUGAUUUUCAGCAUGGUGCUUUGCUGUGGCAUCAGGAACAGCCCUGUUUACUGAAACAGAGGGGCAAGAAAAUACCUUUAAAACAUUAGCCAAAAAAAAAAUAGUGUUUUAUAUCUACCAUCUCCUAUUUUGUUUUGUAUCUACCAUUGUUUCGUCAUGUAGUCAACCUAUCCAGUUCCUGGAGUCUCAGAAUAAUUUGUGUGCAUUUUUGUUCAAAUGUUGCCAUUGAACCACCAACAAAUAGUCUGCUAUUGUUCACGCUGUAGUUGGCAAAGACCAGUUGAGAUCUGUAGACUUGCACACACACACACACACACACACACACACAGAGAGAAAGAGAGAGUAUAUUAUCACAUGAAGAAUGGAUAAAUUUUUUUGCUUGUAGUUUUUUUGUGUUAACUGUUAAGUUCUGCUAUUGCUAUCGGUUAAUGUCAUUCUUUUCAUAUGUAAAUGUAUAAACUGUAUAUAUUUGCAGCCCUGUAUGACUCUUAAGCAUGAAUCUGAUAUUGAACACUCGUGUCCAUCUUCCUCUCUGAGACUGCUGUUUGUAUGUUCAGGUUUCUCCCUGAGAAACCACUAAAUAAACAGUGUUAGCUAGAUGAUAGAGAAGGUCAGAAUACAGUGCUUAUUGGAAGUGAGAGUAAAAGGAUUGAGAAUGUUAAGGACCCAGGUGUACUUCGUUUUCCAUGUUCCGCUCCGUCUAUUGCACAGUGGAACGCAUGAACCAUUCAAAAAUACAAUAUAUAUAUAUAUAUAUAUAUAUAUAUAUAUAUAUAUAUAUAUAUAUAUAUAUAUAUAUAUAUAUAUUCCCACUCUUUCAAAAACAUCAACAUUCUGGGUUACAGUGAAGUAAUGAGGCCGAUUCCUAAACAUUACAAUACUCACUGUUUAACAUAACACUGUUUAGCGUUUUCUUUAUAACUUUACAACUUAAAAUUAUUAUAAUUAAAAUGUAUUACUUAAAACAACUUCACCACUCAAAGCAUAUGCCAGAUUUAACAGAUGCAUUAAUGUAAGUGCUUUUAUAAAAUGACACAUUUCUGCUUUUUAAUUCUCCAGAAAUGUACAUCAUUCACUUUGAUUGGGACAAUUUAUGUGUCCCACUGUUGCAUUGGUUUCUGCGCUUUUCAACUGUCAAGAUUAGUUUUUGUGGCAGCAUUACGCCAUAAAUGUUAACUGAACUUAACCUUUGAAUUGUAUUGAACCUGGAAUAUUCCUUUAAUGGCAGAAAGGGCACUGAUCUAUGAUCAUUGUGUUUCUUAUAUGUGAGAUCACAUGGACGAGAGAGCUGAUCCUAGAUCAGCAUUCUUGCUGUGGAAAGCCAAAAGCCUAGAGCUCCUGAUGCCCAAUACAAUCUACACUCUCUUUCUCAAUACUGUAAUUUAUUUUCUUACAUAGCCAUCAUUUAAGAAGUGUGACCACAUGAACAUUCACUGCCCCAGUCACUGAAGUUCUGCCCCUCUUUUACAAUCAUCCAAGCUAUAGAGAGGAUUCAUGCAUACCUACUAGCCUUAUAAAUGAAACACCCUAUCCCUUAAUCACUUAGCAAAUCAGACUGAUUCUCAAUGGAACCGCCUAUGUCAUAGCUGUGAUGUGUUAUAUUAUAUCGCUUAACUGCAAAUCCAAGGAGUGGUGCUUAUGUAAGUGUGAUAUCUGUUGACAGGCUUGAUUGGACUCUACUGCCACAGAUGUAGUUGCUGUAAUACCUUGUCUCCUUCACUAGGUGGCACACAAAUACUAUUCACUUUGAAAACUGGUGACUGCACCCUUACUAUGCCUGUGUACAUGUCUGUAUCUUGCACUUAUUCUUCUAGACCACAUACGAAGCGCGCUCAUCCCUGAUGCAUCAGAUUCGUGGUUUACUACAUGCAUUAUGCAACCCUGUCUUGUUAGCAGAUAUUGCCUAUGCUGAUAUGCUUAAAAAUGUGUCUUGUAAUAUGUACAGCUAUAUAAUAUACUAAUGACCAUGUGAAGACAAUGUAUGCCUUUAAUUGUGGUAUUGGGUUUUUUUUCUGGUACUUGUCAAAAAAAAAUGCAAUGAUUUCAUUUGAAGCAUGUACAAAUUUUCGGGGUCCUGAAAAGACAAGCAUGAUCUUCUAACUAUUAAAUAUUAUGAAGGCGAAACAAUUGUUUAUGAAAUGAGCUGUUGUUGUUACAACACAUCAGGGUAUUUGAAUCAGAUAUCAGAUAUAACUGUUGUGUUGAAUGGAUCUCGUACUUAUCUGAUACCUCCAAAUAGACAAUUUUAACUAAAGCUCUCUUUACCCCGACACACCAAUGAUAGAUUUCGGUCUGGUUUUGUUGCCCAAAUAUUUAGGGAUUAAAUGUAUUUCACAAAUAA